UUGUGAAUGAAAGUUCCAUCCGGCUGCAGAAUGUGGAAAAUUUUAUUAAUUGUAUUUAUAGCAAUUAAUAAUUGCAAUGCAGUGCUGGAGGCUGAUGCCAAUACCCUCGUAUUAUUAGACAAUUUGGCUAUACGAGAAACUCAUUCAAUUUUCUUCAAAUCACUGCAAGAUCGUGGAUUUAAAUUGACUUAUAAACUAGCAGAUGACUCUGGACUGUUGCUUUCCCGCUAUGGCGAGUACAUGUAUAAGAAUGUAAUUAUCUUUGCACCGAGCGUUGAGGAAUUUGGCGGCGACAUCAGCGUCGAGCGUCUGUCGCAAUUUGUGGAUGACGGCGGCAACGUUUUGGUUGCGGGCAGUGAAAAGUCCGGGGAUGCACUCCGUGAAUUUGCGUCCGAGUGCGGCUUUGAGCUGGAUGAGGAGAAUGCCGCUGUCAUUGAUCAUUUGCACUACGAUGUGAGUGAUGCCGGUGACCACACAACGAUUUUAACCUCAGCGCUGAAUUUAAUUGAUGCGGCCAGCGUUGUCGGCAAGGAGAAUCGGAAAGCGGAUGCAGCACCGUUGUUGUACCGAGGCACCGGUCUCAUUGCCGAUAAGGAGAAUCCAUUGGUAUUGAAACUAUUGACGGCCGAGAGCAGCGCCUAUAGCUACAAGCCUGAGUCGAGCAUCUCGGACUAUCCCCAUGCUGUGGGCCGUAAUACAUUGUUAAUUGCUGCUCUGCAGGCACGCAACAAUGCACGCGUUGUAUUCUCUGGAUCACUGCAGUUCUUUGCCGACGAGACCUUCACCAUGGCCGUGCAAUAUGCGCAAAGCGGUGUCUUCCACAAGCAGGCAGGAAAUCAGGCUGUUGCCGAAUCCAUAAGUCAGUGGGUGUUCGGGGAGAGCGGCCGGCUGCGUGUUGCUUCCGUGCAGCACAAUAAGGAAGGCGAGAGUCAUCCACCAGAGCAGGCAUAUACCAUCACCGAUCCCGUUGUCUACACCAUUGGCAUUGAGGAGCUCGUCCAAGGUAAAUGGAAGCCAUUCAAGGCUAACGACAUUCAACUGGAGUUUGUACGCAUCGAUCCAUUCGUUCGCACCUUCCUCAAGCAAACCAAUGGCGGCAGCUACGAGGGCAGGUUUAAGAUUCCCGAUGUCUAUGGCGUUUAUCAGUUUAAGGUUGAUUACGAUCGCGUCGGUUACACCCAUCUGUAUAACACGACACAGGUGUCGGUGCGUCCAUUGGAGCACACACAAUAUGAACGCUUCAUACCCAGCGCAUUCCCGUAUUACACCAGUGCCUUCUCCAUGAUGAUUGGACUGUUUGUAUUCUCGUUUGUCUUCUUGCACUUUAAGGAUGAGCCCACGUCCAAAUCGUCCAAGGAUGAGAAGAAGACGCAGUAGAGCAUUAUUAAAUGAACAAAAUGAGAAAAUCAAUAUGUCUUUAGCAUACAUUUAAAUAAUUACAAUUGAAAUAAAUGAAAACCAUUUGUAUUCAUACAUAA